AUGGCCCGGCACGACGAUGCCGAGCGGGACGCCGGCCCCGAUAGCCAACCUGCCGAGUUCGAUGUCGAAUUCCUCGGCCGACAGCGGCCGGCCGUCUUCGCCUCGCAGUGGUCCGAACUGGGCUUCUGCUUCUCCCUCUUGGGGUCCAUGUUGAUGGCGGAGUACUUCGUCAGCGGCUUCCACAUCAUCCUCCCGCCCCUGGCGUCGGAGCUCGACAUCCCCGCCGCCUCCCAGACCUGGCCGUCCAGCGUCUUCUCCCUCGUCACCGGGGCCUUCCUGCUGCCUCUAGGCCGCCUCGGCGACAUGUACGGCGGCUACCUGACCUUCAACGCCGGCCUCGCCUGGUUCUUCGUCUGGUGCCUCGUCGCCGGCUUCAGCAACAACUACCUCAUGCUCAUCGUCUGCCGCGCCCUCCAGGGGCUCGGCUCCGCCGCCUACCUGCCCGCCGGCAUCAUGCUCCUCGGCAAGACCUACCGCCCCGGCCCGCGCAAGAACCUCGUCUUCGCCCUGUACGGCGCCUUCGCGCCCGUCGGCUUCUUCUUCGGCAUCCUCAUCGGCGGCGUGUCGGGCCAGUUCCUCAGCUGGCGCUGGUACUUUUGGCUCGGCAGCAUCGUGCUCGGCAUCGUCGCCGCCGUCUCGUUCCUGACCAUCCCGCGCGACUUUCGUCGUCGUGACGGUGGCGGUAGCGGCGAGGAAAGCGACGACGACAAGCGCCGCAGAGAGAUCCGCAUGGACUGGUGGGGCGUCGCCACCAUCGUCCCCGGCCUGCUGCUCGUCGUCUACGCCGUCACCGACAGCUCGCACGCGCCCGACGGGUGGGCGAGCCCGCAGAUCAUCGUCACGCUCGUGCUGGGCGUCGCCCUGCUCGUGGCCGCCUGGUACGUCGAGAGCCACGUCGCCGCCCAGCCGCUGCUGCCGGGCGACCUCUUCGCGCCCCGGUCCAUGAAGACGCUCGUGGCGGCGCUCUUCUUCGCCUACGGCACCUUCGGCCUCUUCCUCUUCUACUCGAGCUUCUACAUCGAGACGGUGCUGCACAAGUCGCCGCUGCUCACGGCCGUGUGGUACGUGCCGCUCAUCGUCGGCGGCGUCGUCAUCGGCACCGUCGGCGGCUUCACGCUGCACCUGCUCCCCGGCCGCAUCCUGCUCGCCAUCUCGGGCACGGGCAACGUGCUGAGCGUGCUGCUCUUCGCCAUCAUCCCCGAGAGCCCAAACUACUGGGCCUACGUGUUCCCGGCCAUGGUGUGCGGCACCAUCGGCAUCGACAUCACCUACACGGUCAGCAACGUCUUCAUCACGACGAACCUGCCGGCCCACCGCCAGGGCCUCGCGGGCGCCCUCAUCAACAGCCUGCUGUUCCUGGGCAUCAGCUUCUUCCUCGGCAUUGGCGACGUCGUUGUCGGCGAGACGGCCCAUCUCGGACUGAGGAAGAGCUACCAGGCGGCCUUUUGGCUGGCCACCGGCGUCGCGGGCGUCGCGCUGCUUCUCUACGCCUUUGUCCGGAUCGGGUCCGCCAAGAGCGACCUGACCAUGGAGGAGCGUGAGCAGCUCGAGGCCGAGGCGCGGCAGCAGGCACAGGACACGGGGGUGGCGGCGGCGGCAGCAAUUCCGGCCUCGGAGAACGCGACGCAGGGCACCGACAGCAACGAUGCAUCAGCGACGGCGACCGACACGGACGCAGAGAAAUCAAAGCCGCCAGCGCCGGAGGGACAUGUCCCGGGUGGGAGAUGA